AUGUCGCUCGUGGUGGUUCUUCUGCUCUGCCAUUUGGCGGCAGCCUCCCUCACCAUCACCAUCCCCGCCACAAAUCUCCUCCCUAACCCACAUGGGCUCCCCGCAUCCACCCAUGCCACUCUGACCACGCUCCCCUCCGGCAACGAUCACCUCUUGACUGCAUCACUCACGCACGCAUCGACAUUGGUCUUCCAUGAUAUUCCGGCUCAGCAGGAAUCAUAUUUGUUGGACAUUCGCUCCAGCGAAUACAUCUUCGCCCCUUAUCGGGUCGACGUGGCUGCCGAUGGGUCCGUUCUAGGAAUCUGGGAGACCUUCCGUGGAAAUCCAUGGGACAACCGUGGUGCUGAGAAAUAUGUCGUUGAUGUGGCUGCCAAGAAACAAUCAGAUGUCGUUGUCGAGGCCAAGCUCGUGGGUCGGAGGGGUUUCUUCGAGGAACGCGCCAAAUUUUCACCUUUGAGUCUCGUUAAGAACCCCAUGAUCUUGCUGGCUAUUGUUGCCUUGGGUUUCACUCUCGGCAUGCCCAAGCUGAUGGAAAGCAUGGAUCCGGAAAUGCGCGCCGAAUUUGAGGAGCACUCCCGCUCCUCACCCUUGACGGGAGGGGCCAGCAAUGCCCUUGCUGGAGGUGGAUUUGAUCUGGCGGGCUGGAUGGCAGGCACCUCGCCUAACCCCAUGGCCAAUGCCGAUGCUGCCCCCGCUGGGGUCACCGGCCGUGAUACAGGUGCGGCCACACGGCGACGUUAG